UAAAAAUUGUGGGAAAAUGGAAGACAGGAAUAUAUCUAAAUAUUGUAGACUAUAUCCACCAAACACCCAAGCUCAAUGCUUAAGAAUUCAUUACAGAAAUAUUGAGGUUCUUGACUUUCCUUACGAAUUUCCUCAUGUAAAGGAGUUAUCAUUGAAUCACAAUAAGAUAGAGUCCUUUGAAGGGUUGAGAAACUUCCCGAUUCUGGAACGGCUUUCGUUUGCGUAUAAUAAGGUCCAAAAUUUAGACUCUCUUUUUCAUAAUAUAAGAAACCCUUGCUUGCUAAAAGCUAUAACUUAUGAAGGAAAUUAUAUCGAAGAAGAUCCAGAUGUAGUUUAUAAAUUAAGAAAUUAAUUUCACAAAUUUACAAGAAAUCAAUGGAAGAUUAAUCACUCAGAAAAUUUCUGACCACAGUGAAGUUGAUAAUAAGGAGUCAGAGACUAAGUUCAGGACAGAUGAAAAGAAAAAUUAUAAACAUUAUUUACAAGAUGAACAAAACAAUGAUUCAAGACGAUUUAAGACAAAGAAAAAUAAUAAACUAGCUCAAACAAAUAGUUAUACUAGAAUCUAUCAAGAUAUGAACGAUUUUAAUGACAAGAGUAGAUGCAUCCCUCAAAUUCAAAGUAUAUUAAAUUAUUCUUCGAACACUGGGCAAAAUCCUUCCCUAAAUUUGACUGCUUCCUCUCAUAUGAUUAAUGAAGAAAGUAAAAUCAUUGGAAAUAAAGACACAAAGUCAAUUGAUUUGAACCAAUAUGACUCUGUAAUAAAGCAAAUAAACUAUAAUCUUGGCCAGAAAAAUGCGCAAGUGGCUGAACAUCCAGAGGAAAGUUAUACAGAAAAAGGGCAAGACUUAAUGACUUUUGAGCCCUCUUUUGAUAAAUGGAAACCUUAUGGGAUCCAAAAGCAAACCAUAGAGAGUUCUAUAGACACUCCUAAGAUCAACAUUAGGUCUUUCUUAGACAAUGUAGUUAGACUUUUUGAAACUAAAAGGAAAAAGAGUCUUCUAAAGAAAGUAUUCUUAGCAUGGUGAAAAUCAUACUAUGAAGAAAGUAUCAGAACUAAAGCCAUUGAAAUUGAAGUAAAAUAAAAAGCAUAAUUUCUUGAUCGUCAGAAAUUAUUUCAGAAAAUGGACUCAAGUCAUGGCUUCAAAUCACUCAAUCUUUGAAGAUAACUAUUUAAGCUAUAAACCUCGUAUAAAUCUCGAAAAAGAAAAUAGGUUUAAAGUAUAUGACGAUGUUGAAGUUCAGAAUAAUAAAUCUGAUAGCUAUUAUUCUGAGAUAAGAAAGCCAUAUGUAGACAAACUGAAUUCACAUGAAUCAAAGGAUUCUGAUGAUUCCGAAAUAUUCCGAGAUAUUAGCCCACAUGAAAUGAAUUUUACAAAUGCACAGAUUCCUGAAGCAGAUUUUACUGAUUUUAGAUCAAUCAGAGUGACAAAUCACAAGGUUCAUACAACUAUUGAAGAUUCUAACCCUAUAAAUAGUAAUAGAAAUGAAUUCGAACCUACCUCUGAUUCUAGAAUGCAUGAAUAUCCUUUAGAAAUUCGUAUAAAAAGAACUCUCAAUCAAGAAAUUGAAGAUAUUACAAAAGAGGAACGGCUCUGAGUGUUACGAAAGAUCUUCCUCAAAUGGUGAAUUAUAUGCCAGAACACCAAAAUGGAAAGGAUCAAGGCUAGAUUUGAAACUCUUUGCUCUAAGAAAAAUCCUGAUUACACUACAAAUGAAAUCACAUUAAAGCAAGAUUACCCACAACUUUGAGAUACUGAGGUGAAUGGGGACUAUUUAAGAGAAUCAAGGAUUGAGAAGGCAGCUAUUUCAUUUAGCAAAAAGCCAAUCAGGAAGUUCAAGAAAAGAAAGAAUAAUUCAGAAAAUAUUAAUCCCAACUUCGGUGGGAUAAAGAAAGUAUCAGUCAAGAACAAAUCAUUAAAGAGAACCCAAAAGCUAAAAUCAUCAAAGAAAAUAAAGUCAAAAACAAAUUCAAGUGUAUCUAAACUGAGGAGAACAAGAGCUGUAUCUAGGAAGUAUUCACCCCAUCGGCUCCAGAAGUAUUCACAGCUUAGAAAAUCCCUAAAAAGUUUGAAAAAACGCUAAAUAGGUAAUUCUAAAACGUCUGGUUCUCAAAAAGAGUUUUACAUAUUAAAAUGUUU